AUGGCGCCUCAAACCUACCAAUCUUCCCUCCCACCAAUUCCAUCAGCCAAUUUCGACACGGCGGUCUCCCCUUCAGACUCCGGGUGCCCCUUCUGUCACAUCUCUUCCGUCUUUGCCCCUUACAACCCGGCCGAGCCACCGCCCUCAAGCUCACCUUCGCUCAAUCCAACCCUGACUUCCCCGCAACCAUCCGCCUUCAUCAUCCUCUCCACACCUGACCUCAUCGCCUUCCUCGACAUAAUGCCGCUCUCCCUAGGACACGUGCUGCUCUGCCCGCGCGCGCACCGGCCCAAGCUCACCGACGUCACGCCGACCGAGUCUGUCGAGCUGGGCCGGUACCUGCGGAUCCUGUCCGCGGCGGUGGUGAAGGCGACGGGCGUGGGCGACUGGAACGUGGUGCAGAACAAUGGAGCCGCCGCGGCGCAGGUCGUGCCACACAUGCAUUUCCAUGUCAUCCCGCGCCCGGAGCUGAGGGAUAAGGGGCGGGAGAGGUUUACUGCGACCAUGUUUGGCCGGGGCCAGAGGGAUGAGUUGGAUGAGGAGGAGGCGGCGGAGUUGGCGGAACGGGUCAGGAGGGCGGUCGCGGAAGUUGUGAAGGCGGAUGAGCAGCAGGGCGCGAAGUUAUGA